UCAUAAAUAUUGCAUCGGCAUUCGCAAUCGUUUGUUUUUGUUUGCCUGGGAAAUUGGGAAUUAUGAGUAGUAUAGACAUAUAAGUUGUGUAUUUUAUUGAUAUCAUCGAAAUAGAACCUAAGCAAAGUUUUAAGAGUUAAAAAAACUAAUUUGGGUACAAGACUUGUUUAUGCAAUAAAUAAGACUGUAUCAAAACAAUACAAUGAAUAAAUCAAGGUUCUCUAUGCUGCUCUUAGAGCCAGGAGAAAUAUAUUUCGAAGAUUAUUCUUGUACGAUGAAUGAUAACGAGACAUUAAAAGGUGGAAUUUUAACAGCGGGUCGUCUGAAAAUCUGCUCCAAAUCUCUCGUAUUUGAACCUAGGGAUUGGGAGACACCACUAAUAAAAUUACAUUUAAAAGAAUGUGUACAGAUAUCGGAUGUAAGCGUCUGUGAUAAGAAAAAUGUGAUAAGAGUUGAGAUGAAGCAGUAUUGUGAAAUGUUAGAAGAUAAUAUUUUGGCUCCCUAUAAAUUUAAAUAUGAGAGUAAAGACUUUUUCUUCUUCUUUGACUUUGUUUCUGUUGAUGAAUGUUUGUCCCAAAUGCUGCAGUUGCACAGAGCAUCCUCAUUGCACGCACCAGAGCACAACAGUAUGAUAGCUACUAUAAUGCACUCUAGAUACAUGAGAAUGGUGUUUGAUCCAGUAAUGAUGGAUGAUUAUACAGAAGAAAUACUGUGUGAAUUACAAGUUGAAAAAAUAUCACCUCUAGUUAGGCAUCAAGGAAAAUUAGCUCUAACACCUACAACUCUAUAUUUUCAGCCCUUUAAUAACAUUGAAUGUAGUCCCAUUUUGAAAGUGAAGCUUGCACAUGUUAAAAGAAUGUAUAAAAGAAGAUUUUUACUCAGGCAAGUUGGUCUGGAAAUAUAUAGCUCAGAGAAUAGUUCAAUGUCACAUAUUUAUUUAACAUUUCAAAGUAUAGAGGAUAGAAAUAAGGUAUACAAUAUUUUAGAAGGGUUACCUGAUGUGAGGCUUGAGAGAGUUCAUGUUGAGGAGAUGACUCUGCAAUGGCAAAAUGGAAUUGUAUCUAAUUAUGAUUAUCUGACAUAUCUUAAUUGUCUUGCAGAUCGGAGUAAAAAUGAUCUCACACAAUAUCCAGUUUUCCCAUGGGUAAUAGCUGAUUACACGUCGGAUAUGUUAGAUUUUAAUAAUACAGACACAUUUAGAGAUUUAUCCAAACCAAUGGGUGCCUUGAAUCCAGAUCGGCUGGAAAAAUUGCUAGAGAGAUACCAUGAAAUGUGUGAUCCUAAGUUUUUAUAUGGUUCACACUAUUCUGCACCAGGUCUUGUUCUAUUUUAUUUGGUCAGAAAAUACCCACAGUAUAUGCUAUGCCUUCAGAAUGGAAGGUUUGACCAUCCAGACAGGAUGUUCAAUUCAGUUAAAGAUGUUUAUAACAAUUGUUUGAGGAAUAUGUCUGAUUUUAAGGAAUUGGUUCCAGAAUUCUAUGACACUAGUGACAAAGGUGACUUUUUGGUUAAUACUUACGAUAUUGAUUUCGGUGAUCGUCAUGAUGGGGCCAAAGUUGACAGCGUGAAACUACCAGCAUGGGCAAGUUCACCAGAAGACUUCAUUUGCAAACUGAGAAUGGCAUUAGAAUCUGAUUAUGUAUCCAGGCAUUUACAUUUAUGGAUUGAUCUCAUAUUUGGUUAUAAACAGCGUGGUGAAGAAGCUGUUAAAGCAUACAAUGUCUUCCAUCAUGUUUGCUAUGAGGGUUCCGUCGAUCUUGAGAGCAUAUACGAUAUGAAUGAUAGACACGCUUUGGAAGUGCAAAUUAUGGAGUUUGGACAGGUGCCUAAACAAUUGUUCACGAAACCUCAUGUACGGAAAAUUCUAACUAAAAUAACUAAGCCUCUACAUAACUCAUUGGCUCAUGACUACAAAAUGGAAUGUGUUGAUGAAAUUAAGCUGCAUAAAGAGGCAGUUACGUGCGUGCUUCGAGAUGGUUCCAGAAUUAUAUCUGUUGGGAAGGAUGGGACGCUGAAAGUGUAUGAUACAGAAAGCAAGAAGCAAAUAAGGAGUGUGAUACUUAGUACGACGCCGUUGAGCUCUUGCGUGAUGAUUGACGAACAUACUGUUGCGGCUGGCGCUUGGGAUAAUGAAAUAUACUUAUACGACGUGGAAUAUGGGAGGGUGGUUGAAAGUUUUCGAGCCCACGAUGAUUCUGUUAGUUGUCUCCUUUGGCUGGACAGAGAGCGGCUUUUGAUAUCAGGAGGUUGGGAUUGCGUAGUACGCGUAUGGGGUAGCGUGGGGAAGGUGGGGCAAGCGUUAAAAGGACUGAAGGCAGAGUUUGACCACGAUGGGAAGAUAACCGUCCUUUCCUACAGAAGACGCAAUUACGAGUUGGACAUACUAGCGGGAACGACCGACGGCGAAGUAUUUAUUUGGGAAAUCAAGUCGAAGGAUCUCCUGAAUAAAAUAAAGAUACACUCGUCUCCAGUAUGUGGAGUCUCAUUUCUUUCUGCCGAUAGAAUAGUAACUCUGUGCGAAGAUGGUGAUAUGACAGUCACUGAUUUGAGUGUAUUGAAUACGGUGUUCGAGAAGCGCGCGUGCUCGGCGGGCCGCGCGCUGUGCAGUGACGGCGCGAGCGCGGUGUGGCUCGGCGCGCGCGCGCAGCUGCUGCUGUGGGACAUGCUCACCGCCACCCGCCUCGCUGAACAUAACGUGCACGAUGAUAUGGUUCAGAGUAUUUUCUUCGAUGCAAAAUCAGGAACGCUUAUAACCGCCAGUGCGGAUAAGUCAAUAAAAAUAUGGAGUCUCAAUAAAAAUUCUUGACAACAAAGUUAUGCUUCAAGUUUCCAGAGUAUUAGUAGAGUUAGAUUGAGCUAUGAUAUUGUUCACAUGUAUCUCAGUUUUGUAUAACUAUAAAAAUAUAGUAUUUUAUUAUA